AUGAAAUUUUUCGCGAUGCCAUUGAAAGCAGAGUCGAUUUUCAGCUUUUCUGUGAGUGAUUCUUUCAGCUUUCCAUUUAGAUUCUUGCUGUCUAGGGACUGUUUCUCGUCGCUCUUGCACUUUUGCCAUCUCUGGCCGGCUGUGACUCUACAAUUGCAAGUCCUGUUUCCGCUGCUCCUGCUUCCGCUGCUCCUGCUUCUGCUGCUCCUGCUUCUGCUGCUCCUGCUUCUGCUGCUCCUGCUUCUGCUGCUCCUGCUUCUGCUGCUCCUACUGCAGCUCCUCCUUCUACUGCAGCUCCUACUACUGCGGCUCCUACUCCUGAGCCCACCACUGUCAUUCCUACGACUCUGCCUCCAGUACUCGACGUUAACCCGAAGAGAAUAUUCGACACAAAUGCUCCGUUGACCUCCAUCUUCGGUUAUUUCGCUCUCGAUUCCCAGGACUUGUCAGUGACCCUCUUCCUGCUCGAUAUUAUUGUCUUUUUUAAGUGAAUCGUACCGUCCCUCAUGGGCUUCCGUUUGGAAAAUUGACGAUACGCACGACGUCAACAACGGCGAGUUCCACAUCGCUUUCUGGCCGCCCAAGUACUGUCAAGCGUGAGUUUAGGUCUUCAGAAUUCGAGGGAGUAACCAGACAAUCAUAGAGUGUACGUGUGUAUGCCAUCCAAAAAGGACUACAAUCCUUCGUCGCAUUUCGAAACGGAAAAGGGCCUCUGUUCUGACAGCUACAUCAAGUUCUACCCGCACGCGAAAAAGUUUGUCUUGAGUGAGUAGUUCCUCUGAUGGCACCGGAAUCAACGAGUCUGUUAAGAGGCUGGCAGUGCGCAAACGGAAGAUGUGGAGAAGUUCUGGAUGAGCAACCGUCUCAUCUUCGAUCUCAACGAACAGUUCGAGGCGGAACUGCAUGUUUUAGACGCCGAACCGACGAACUACAAGACCUGGCAAUCGGAGAGUGAUAACAAAACGAGAUUCAAGUUUAAUCUGAAAGAUAAGGACUUGUUGGUCUUGACUAACAGGUGAGCAAAGUGUGGGAUGUGCAGGUUGAAACGAGUGAAUUUGCAGUCGCAUGUGCCAAGUGAACAAGAUCGGCUCAAACUUCUACCCAUUGUUCGGUUUGGAAAUCACCGCUUCCACUUCUGGCGUCUUCCCUGAAUGGCUGAAUGACGGUGAAAAGUACGUCCGUACAGACUCCCUCCCGUCGCUUCAGAAGACUGGCCUUGGAAAAACGGUCGACUUGCUGGAUGUGAGUUUUCAUUCACUUUGUAUUUCUUGUGAAUUACGAUGUUCAGUUCGUCACGAAACUGAAGUGGAGUAACGGAAACGUCGGCAAACUGACAAGAACUUGCGAUCAGAAACGGAUCCAGACGAGCGGCAGAACUGAGAAACCAAACUCUCUGUUCAGAAAAGUGUCUGCUCAAUCGUAUGACGUCAACGUUCCGAACCGCAAUUGGAACGCUAAAUCGGAGAGAAAGUUCACUUUGAGCGUGCAAAAAUGUCACUGGUUCCGUCUCUGGGCCACCCACCCAGACACCAAAAUCGAGGAGUACAAGGACAAAAUGAAACUGGGAGAAACGUUGGACGUCUUCCUCAACGAAGGAUUCUACUUGACUCCUGAAUCUAGUCAGUUCUUUCCCCAAUUCUUUCCAAUCAACUUUGUUCUCAGAUGAAGCACAUCCACUUCCGGACGUCUAUGAACUGACGAAGUUCACGAUCAAGGCUCAGAGAGACGAUACCGGGGACUAUGAUGAUCUAGUCGGGUUUGACUCUAAAAGCAUUGGACAAACUAUCAAUUCCAGGUCGAGAUGUCGUACGGAGAAAUGCAAGGAAGACGAAUUUAUCGAGAGUUUUUCAAUAUUCCGUGGUUGAAAGAGACGCAUUUCAAAGUGCACAUCAUCAAAGCUCCGGGUUGCGAAUUGGGAAUCGACGGGGUCAGUUGGGAUUGUCGGUGACUCGUGUAUCAUUCGUUCAUUUGCAGGACACGCAGACAUGGUCUGAUUACGACACCGGAAGACCCAACCAAAUGUGGGAUAUCAACAGUUGUGAGUACUCGUUCUUCCAGUAG